GAGAUUUUAUAAAAAAGCACCUGCAGUAUUGUAUUUCUCGUGAUCAAUAAUAAAUGGACUUGCAUAGAGAUUUCUCCACGAUCAACAUGCAAAACAUGGCAGUUUAGAAUGUCUUUGACCAUGAGCCUACAUUAAUAUCGAGCUUAAGUGCACUGCUAUGGAGCCAAGAUGGAGCCCAAGAUGCAUUCUGUAGGCCUACUGAUUAUUGGGAUUUUCUCGCUGACAUCUGGCAACAGAUUGCAUCAUGAAACAGCUUUGCGGAAAAAGCUCGGAAUUUUCUCAGUGCCUGGAGGAAUUAAGGAAACGCCAAUGGUCAAUGCUGGAUCUCCACUAACGAUAACCAUUGGCCUUAAUCUUCUACGGAUACUUCAAGUAGAUGAAAAAAAUGCAAUAUUUACAACCAGUGUUUGGCUUCGUAUGUCAUGGCGACACAAAAACCUUGUGUGGAAUUCAUCCGAGUACGGAUCGAUAAAAGAGUUGCGGGUGAAUCCGGAUCGACUUUGGGUUCCAGAUAUAUUUUUGAUUAACAAUGCCGUCGGUAGUUUUGAAGUGCAAGGAGCCUUGGCUAAAGUAAUAGUCCGUUCGGAUGGUGAAGUAAUUUGGGCGAAUCCUGCCAUCUUCAAAAGCUCCUGUGAAAUGGACAUAAAGUACUUCCCGUUCGAUGAUCAAACAUGCACGCUGCAGUUUGGAUCGAUGACGUAUAACAUCUCAUCGAGCAAAAUCAAACCAGCCAGUGACCAUGUUGAUAUUAAGAGGUACAUAGAAAGUGGAGAAUGGAAGAUUCUAGAGACGCAGGUACGAGACUCUGUCGAAAUGGCGGACGAAGGCAGCUAUGCUGUGAUCACCUACUCAAUCAAAGUGCGGAGACGAGUUCUCUAUUACGUCAUGAAUUUUAUUCUUCCUUGCGUCCUUAUUGCUGUGCUCACUGUUCUGGUCUUCCUGCUGCCACCUGAAUCAGGCGAAAGAAUCUCUUAUGGAAUAACAGUUAUCUUAUCGUUUACGAUAUUACUUAUAAUGUUAUACGAAAAGCUACCUGUAACCUCAUCACAAUACCCUCUUAUUGCGGUUUACUAUGCUUGCACCACUUUUCAAGUCUCUAUCGCCUUGGCUCUCUGUGUCUGGGUUUUACGUUUCUAUCAUCACGACCCCCCAACAGAUGAACUUCCAAGAUGGGUAAAGGUUGUUGUUUUAAAUUGGCUGGCAAGACUUGUCUUACUUAAGAACUCAACUGAUCAAGUGAGGCAGGAGUUAAUUCUCCACAGCUGGGAAGAGCUGGCACACUCAAAGCAAAGAAGAUCUAAAAAUGCAUUGACUGUCGUAAUGAACAGUAUCUUUAAGAAAGAAGAAGAAUCAGCAAAGCGUGAAGAGUGGCGCAUUGUGUCCACAAUCUUGAACCGUUUGUGUUUAUGGAUGUUUGUAGCCACGGGCUUUAUCACAUUUAUUGCUGUUUUCCUUGGAUCUCCAAGAGCUAGAGCCAUGGAGCUUUAGUUUUGCACAUAUGCCUACGUUUCGUAAGCAGUGUUGCUCAUGCUUCCGCGCAGAAGAUCCGGAGAGAUCUUAAGGCAAUGGGGUGGACUGUUUAUGACACUUCCUAAAAGUCAAUGGUACAGCAUGUCUCAAGAUUUGCCGAAUGAUACCAUGAUGUUUUCUCGGCAUCGUGUUACAAUGACGCAUAGCUGGCUACGAUGCAUCGACAUGUUUCUUGUUUCCGACAAUACAAUCUACAUUAAUACAAUUCUGAUUCUAUAUACUCGUAUCGACCGUAUAAAUUGCUAGUAAUUUCAUAAAAUUGUUUGCCUUGAAUAUACCAAAAUCAAGAAGCAUUCGAUCUUACAGCUUAAACUACUUUGUAAUUUAAAAAUCUCAGUUGCUGGCUGUUUUAUUAACGAUAUGGUUAAUGUUGGCAGGAUAUGGACGCUGUAGCUUGUUCAAUCAAGUAUCUUUCUAAUUUUCUGCGAUGCUGCAGGAAUACUAUUAGACUUGAUACUGAUCUACCUUUUAGCAAUUUAAACUGAAAAUUUCUCUGAAAUCACCUUUCAGUACUUCUAAGAAUAUAAUACCAAUCAAGUUUCCUCUUUUUACUUCAGAAUUAUCGGGCUAUCAGAGCUACAGAAUUCUCUCAAGAGCUUUAUAAGCUGAUGCAAGGCUAUAAAGCCCCGGAACCUAGGCUACGUAUUUACCUGAGGUCAGCAACAUUUUUUUUCAAGUUGAGCAGUUUACAGACCGACCCCUGAGGGGGAUUGAAUUCUUCCAGAAUUUCAGCGUUUGGUCUUAAUACCCAAAUGAAUCCUUAUGGGAGGAUUUAAGCAAUUUUUCAUUAAAAAAUGUUACUGCUAAAGUUAUUGCCGUUUAUAAUUUAUUGAUAAAAACGAUACUUACUUAGGCCUUAGUAAUUCCAAGACCCUUCUACGAAGACGCCGAUGGCUGAAUGCGGUUGGACAGAAGAAAAUAACUUGCAAAAGGGUAAAACAAUCACCGUAAUAAAGAAUUGUUUUAAAAAAAGUUUUUUUGAGUUUUUUUAAAUCUUGUUAAUGAAGCGGGCGUAAAAUUCUUACUUCUUCUGGUAAAGGAACAAGGCAUAAACAGGAAAAAAAGAUAGCGAAAAUGCACUUGAAUUGAAGGCUAAAUUGAAAAUAAUUUUGGAAAAAAGAUUAGAGAAGGGGUUGAUUCAUAAGUAAACUAAUGUUGAAUCGGGGGGGGGGCGAGAAGAAGGUGUAAAAUAGCCCUUUUUCAGACCCAAUCCAAACGUGACCCCCUCCGUUAUAUGAUGCAUUUUUAAAUAACCAAACAGAAGUGUAUUAUUGGAUAAUGUUGUACGCAUGUUAGGCAGCCGUAAUUAUCAGUUCAACCUAACAAACAGUUGCUUUAUAUAUAUUUUCAUUUAAACAUCGUGUAGAAAAGCGUUCUUUUUUCUUGACCUUCUUACCUUGUUUGUCAUUUUCUAGGAUUUACUUAAUCAAAAUUUACUUUAAAAGGUUUUCAGAUUGAUGGAAUAUGGCUUGAGCCGAGGGGCAAAUCACUCCAAGAAAAUCUCGUACACCUUUGGUGGAAAUUCUAUUGUUUUAUCUCAAAAUUCUCGGAAAUCCUUUUGUUUAAAGGAAAAUCCCGUACGCUAUUUGCAAGAGUGAAUUGCCCCUUGGCUUGAGCAUCUCUGCAACCCAGAACGUUCAAAAGCAUUUGAUGAAUCUUUUUGGCCUUUCUUUGCCUCUCAGUCAGGCUCUCUUUUAGAUUUAGGCAUUUGAUUGGUUGUAUAACUUAAAAAAGCAAAGGGCAUCCUUUUUGAUAAGCUUAUUCGAGUGAAUUCUCCAGUUUCUACUAUGAUGAUAAGGCAAUGAAAAAUUGAACAAUUGAUGAGUACUUGAGUAGGCUUGAUCUAUCUGAUGCUGCCUGAUUCAGAACAAGUAAGGCCCUUUAGUUCUGACAUCAGACAAUUGAAAUAAAAUGUGUGGUGUAAAAACAUUUCAUAAGUAAAUGUUAUAGAUCUUUAUGAAAUUUUUUUAAAUAGAUCUUUAUGCCAAAAUGAUCAUCAAUCUCAUGUAACAUUAAAAUUAAACCUAACAAAUACACAAUUACAACGAGUAACAAUUCUAAAUACUUUUAAGAAUUUAAAACAAACUGAUCUUAAACAUAAACAAUGUAAGUUGUGAAAUAUGCUCAGUAACAAAACGGGAUUUACUUGUUGCCAUCUCUUUCUUUAGGUUUUUUCUGCAAUUUCAAGGUCUUUCCCCUUUAGUCAUUGUUUUGACUUUAAAACCCUGGGCUAUCAAGAUUGUAUAUUGAUGUGUUCUCUCUUUUUUUGACUUAUGCAUCG